AUGUUUUGGUGUAACGUCUGGCAUUCUCGAACACUUUAUGAUAAAGCCAAUACACUAUCUACUACCGGACCUAAUGAACUUAGUACUCAAGCCAAUGCUCUUAAGGAAGCAGCCAGUCAACCUAGUGAUAAAAGUUGUCUAAAAGAGAAAGCAGGUGAACUAGCUAAGACUACUACUGAUGAAUCUAAGGCCAAAGAUGUCAUAGAGAAAUUUGAAGCAGUCAGAACAGCGUACGAUCUACUAAUGGCUGCAGCUACUUCUCAUAAAACUAAUCCUGCAGUUAAAGCUGUUAUAACAGCAGAUGCUGAUCUUAAGAAACACUACGAUACCAUACUCAAUGUCACUAAAGCCACUACACUUAAGGGUGAAGCUGACACUAUUAAAGGUGAAGCCGGAACACUACAUACUAAUUCCACCUCACUAGCCACUGCAGUUCAGGGUAAUAGUGCUACUUCUGACGAGGCACUUAAACAAAAGGCCGGUAAUGAAUCAACUAAGGGUACACUAAGAAACUUGGCCAAAGAACUAUAUACUAAAGCACAAGCACUAGCCACUGCAGUUAAAUCUGGUGAUGGGAAUAAAGCCCAAGAUCUUGCCAAUGCUGUCAGUUCUGAUGAAGAAAAAGGAAUUAGAAAGGAACUCAAAGCACUUGCUGAUGCUCAACCUGAUGAACUAACUGAUAAGGCCAGUGCUGUUAAACAACAAUACAACGAAGUAAAAGAGAAAUUCGCUGAAGUUAAGAAACAAGAAUCUAAAUAUGCCGGAUCUGCUAAACCUAAGUAUGAUAAAGUUGUAGCAGCAUGGGAUGCUUUCAAUAAAGUCUAUGAUGCUGAUCUCAAAGGACUCGCCUCCACCCUUGCUACUGCUGACUUAAUUACCAGGGCCCAAGAUGUCAUUGAUAAGUUCAACUCCGUAGAUGCGGCCUACAAAGCAGUCAAUGCUCUUGCAACUACCUAUAAAGUCUUUGCUAGUUCUCAAUAUCCCGGAGUUGAUUCUAAAUUCCAAGACCUUCAAACUAAGUUCAACCAGAUAUCCAAAUUAGUAUUGUUUCUGAUGGAUUCAAGAAUAAAAACCUCUGAAAUAAAGUCUAAGGCCUCAGCACUUAGCUCAAAUGCCGACACUCAAUCUACAAUUGAACUUGCUUCAACUCAGAAUACUGAUCUCAAUGAAGGUAAUAAUACUGCUCAAGAUGAACUCCCUGGUAAAGCCACACAACUAAAGACUAAUGCCGAAACACUUUCCGGAGUAGCCCAACAACUAGCUACUGCUGGUAGUCCACUUAGUCCACUUAAUGAAACUGCCGGGGCUCUUAAGACAGCAGCCGGCACUGAAGGUAGUGGUGGUGGUCUUGCAAAGAAAGCAGAAGAUCUAGCUACUAAGGCUGGUAGUGAUGCUAGUUCUCAGGCCGAUAAAGUUAUAGAGGCGUUUGAGAACGUUGAAGCCAAGUACUUAGCACUAAUGAAACAAGCCAAACAAAGUGAGAUAACCAAUGAUCCUGCAGUAAUCGAGGUUGUCAAGGCAUACCAUGCCGUUAAGACCACUUAUUACCAAAUGCUAAUAGGUUACAGGUUUAGAUACCUAAUUGGUGAUGGCUUGAGUGAUAAUAAGAUUCUACAUAAGGCCUCAGACCUACAUACUAAAGCAAGUAACCUAGCCGGUGCCACUGGACUUCGAGAUGAAACUCAUAAAGAACUUAGAGAUCUUGCCGAAAAACUUCGCGAUGCCGUAGGAAAUACCGGACAGGGUCUCCAACUGGCUCUCUCUGCACUCAAAAGUGCUAAUACUGAUGCACUAAUUGUUGAAAAGGCUCUUGCUGUAAUAGAGAAGUACAACGCUGUCAAGGAAGCCUAUGAUAAGGUCAAGGCACGAGAAAAGGAUUAUAAUAAGCAUGCUGCUGGUCAAUAUACCCUCGUUAAAUCUGCUUUCACUCAGCUUGAAGAAAAGUUUGAGACCCUUAAGAAGUCCUAUGAAAAUGUCCUUAGACUCAGGGUCCAAGAACUUGCCACCCUGGCCCAGGCACUUUCCGGUAAAGCCUCUGCACUACCUGGCGCUGUUGGUGAACUUCAAAAUGAAGCCAGAGCUCUAGCUUCGGCAGCCAGUAAAGAUACUGGUAAAAGUGGUCUAAAAGAGAAAGCAGAAGCACUUAGAGAUGCCAUCAAUUCUGGUACUGGUGCAGUUGGUACUCAGGCCACUGAAGUCAUAAAACAAUUUGAAGAUGUAGCUGAGAAGUACAAUGAUCUAAAGAAAGCAGCUAAUGAUAAUAACAAACAAGAUGAACCUGUGGUCAAAGAAGUUGAUGGAGCCUACACCAAUCUGAAGAAAGUCUAUGACCCAAUACUAAACUUUACUAAGAUCAAGUAUUACUCCAAUGAGGUAGAAACAAGGGCACGACAAAUAACCAGUAGUGGUACUCCUCCUUCUGAAGUGAAACCCCUCAUCGAUAAGUUAAAGAGUGUAUACAGCUGA